CCAGUAUGUACCUGAUGAGAUCCAUCGGUUGAUCGCUGAUAUUUUAAUAGAAUAUGAAGGGGCGAUUAGCGUGUCCGAUCCACUGCAAGCCGUACCAAUACUCGUUGACAGAGCGCAAGACGGCCUUGCAGCGAAUUAGGGAAUUUGAGGCAAACGGAUGGAUUGAGCCCGCCACUGGUCCCCGGUCGUUCCCAUUUGUGUUGGUUCCCAAAAAGAACGGGUCAGUCCGCAUAUGCAUCGAUUAUCGAAAGCUAAAUGAUAUCACGAUUAAGUAUGUGUAUCCCCUUUCCCGGAUUGAUGAUCUACUUGAUGCGAUCGGGUGCGCUAACUACUUGAGCAAGUUCGACAUUCGGCAUGGGUUUCAUCAUAUCUUGGUGAAGGAAGAAGAUCGGCCCAAGACCGCCUUCAUUUUGUUUGAAGGCAUGUGGCAGUGGGUUAGGUGCCCGAUGGGAAUGUGCAACGCGCCUGCCACGUUUCAGCGGGCGAUAAACGUGACUUUUCAGAAUUUCGUCAAUAAGACGCGGCUGACACAGGGGAUGAUUAACUUCUGCGUCAUUGUGUACAUGGAUGACAUUCUGGUGUACUCGGACACGUUUCACGGACACGCGCAGCACAUCGAAUGGACGUUGAGUGCGUUGAGAGACGCAGGUUUCAAGAUCGCGCUGGAAAAGAGCGAGUUUUUCCUCCCGGAAAUCUCGUUCUUGGGGAUUCCGACGGAAGCCCGAUUCCUCGAUGCCACGUCGGAAGGCCCCGACAAAAUCCAGAAGUUUAGAAGAGCGCAAGUCUGGACAGAUGUCGCCUUAAUAGCCACGGUGGUAGGCAACUCCCUCGAAACCUUCUCCAAGGAGGAUCGGAGGAGGGCCAAUGAAAGAGCACGGGAUUACCGAUGGGUGGAUGGACGGUUAGAGAAGCAUAAAACGGACGGCAGUGGAGCAUGAGACUUCAUUGAACUCUCACUGUGUUUGGCGGAAGUACGGGUGACGUGGACGAGGGAUGAGAGCAAUUAUCCGCGGUCUGAGCGAUUGGAGCUCCUUUUGAUUCAAGCGUGGCGGACGAAAGUAGAGGGGGACCUUCUCGGUUUUCUAUUCGAGGCAGUGCGUCCAGGCUGUCGGAGGCUUCUCACCCAGGAGCUUACGGUCCCAAUUGCGCAGUUGGUCGACCAUCUUGACGUCAGCAUUGUCUCUCAGGUCGACCCGCGCUUGGUGCCCCACGUCACCUCGCGCACGCUGUCGCCGUAUCUUCAGUGGUCAGCUUGCGUGGAUGGCUUCCCAUCGAGAAUUCCGCCUUCACGGUUGGAUUACUUGGAUCGGCGCGACAUCGUGGAUCCCGCUUUCUACAGACCGCGGUACGAAGACGAAUUGGAGGAGAUAAUCUGCGAGGAGCUCGCGGAAGAAAGUUCGGAGGAAGAGGAGGAGAAUCCGAACGAAGACAAAGGGGAGCCGGCACAACGACGAGAAGGAGACGAAGACGAGCUCCUGCAAACGGAAAGUGAAGAGAAAGCAGAAGAAGAAGACAGCGAGCAAGGGAGCGGUGACGACAACGACGAGUAGCACGCCAACAAGGAUCCCCAACUAGAGAUUGCGCCGGUUGUUGAUCUUCCGAUCAGCAACGAUGCAA